UCUCUCACGCGGCAACAACAAACCAGCAGCUACAGCUCAAAGGAUAAACAGAAAGAAAAGGUGUCGGCCCCUCACGUCCUUCGCGCUGUUUCACCGUCGCGCCGUUUGCGUUCGCCGUGCCACCUAGCCAGGCAAACACAAACACCCCUGCUGCUAUGAUAUCAAAUACGUGUUUCUGUUGCUGCUGUGAUCGGGAGCGUCUCUCAGCUGGAGCUUCCUCUAUGCCGUGCUGUCAAAACUGCGACUGUUGCGAAGGGGCGCACCUCCGGUGAAAAAAACAGAACACAUCGCGUACUUUGCUUCGCAAGCCAACAGUGCAAAGACGACGCAUUGGCGGUCGAUGACUGCUCGUAUGUUACCCGUGUGUCCCAGAUGAGUUUGCCGGUCGUUCUGUGAAUGGAUCGAGCGACUUUGCGAGUCUCCGACGGAGCGUCGCACAAUCACGACACGCCGCCCGAUGAUUCGAGCCUGAGUACGUCCUCGAAUGAAAGUGCCGGAGCAAAACGAAAUCCCCCUGCCAAGCCACCCCGACGUCGCCACUCGGUCACAUCAUUAAAAGACACGGAAUCGUACAGCAGCCAGUGCCGCCCCUCGCCGAGCACCCCAUCUGGUCGCCAGGGGCGUCGGGGCGAUGGCGACCCUUGGGCUGAGCACGGCCAGUGGAUCCUCGACCCCCCGCCAAACUUUGGCGGCGGCGCGCUCCCUUGCUUCUCGCUGAGCUAUGGGGGUGGCCACAGCAGAUGUGGAGGUAGCAGCACGCCGACGCCCGACAGCCGAAAUGACUUUCGCUCUCUUCCCCUCAGCGUUGCGCAGGAGCGCAAGCUGUGUCAUUCAACGCCCAACCAGCCAGCGGGUACCUCAACACGAACUGGUCUGCACACGAGGCCUUCACUCCUCCCAAUAAGCUCAACCCCUCUGCACUAUGCCAAUUUCCCGCCGAGUCCUGUCGGAAGCUCGGAGCGGGACGUCCCCGACGUUGUAUCGCGACCCAUCCUGACAGUCGCCACAGCGGCGACUCCCGGCUCGUUGAGCACUUCCACCUGUCGCCGGGGGUGUGGUGAAAGUGACAGGUCCACUGCAACUAUGGGCAGUGGCAAUGGUGGUUGCACACCAGCCUGGCUUGUGGCGCCCCCUGGCAGCCCACGCCGGACUCACAGCGACCCUGUCAUCCAUCUGGACGAAGUUGAUGAGGAGCAGGCAGAUAAUCCGGGCAUCUGGACAUACACACCUAGGUGUGGCUUGGUCAACAGCAAACCAGAUCAUUCUGCAACUUUGCGGCCACGAGCAGUGGUACCCGAAGAAGUGAAAGCGCUGCAAGAAAUUAACAGCAAGCUGUGGAACCAGGUGCAGCAUCUUCAGUCCCAGCUGGAGCUGCUGCGAAGAAUAAAGUCCACAGACAAGCCUCCCUCCACCUCGGCCAAUGGUGUCAGCUUUGCAGAACUGCUGGCAGACGUAUACUACGCACAACGAGAGCGGGACGACUCAGUCAGUGAGCGGCUGGCCAGUGCCAACCAAAGUCUGGACCUGUGUCAGAAGGAACUGCAGAAGCUAGCAGAAGCAAGAAGUGAUGCGUCAGAUGGCUCGGGUGAGGAAGAGAACUGCGACAACCUGGUUCUGAGUGGCCUCGACAAGAUACUCCAGGGUCUGGAAGGCAGCUGGGCACCAGCGCGGGUGACGCGGCACCAGGAGACGCUGCUGGCAACUGUGCAGCGUCUGCGUGACCACCGAGGCAAGAGGGCAAGGCACCGGCUGCGUUCUAUCCAGGCCGAGCGGGACGUUGCACUCGAAAAGGUCAAAGUCCUCGAGAAAGAAGUUCAAGAGCUGCACAUGAAAGCCAUCUGGAAGAGCGAGAACUGGGGCUGCUCAAGCAAUGAUGCCGUGCAACAGGCGACCAACGAGCGGAAUGCUGCACUCGGCCGACUUCAUGAGCUUCAAGAGAGCCUCGCAGCACAGGCAAACAACGGUGAUCGAGGAACUGGCGAUGGGGUCAAGGUAUCAACAGAAGCACAGACAGACUUCAUUGGCGUUCAAGAUGGUGUUGAUCUGGUGGCAAGCUCACUUUUGCAGGAGCUCAAGGAAGAAGUCGGUCGGAUCAGCCAACGUCUCGACGAAGAGGCCACGUCGCGGCAGAAUGCAGAGCUGAAGUGUCAGAGGUUGGAAGAACUGGUGAAUGGCUUCCAGAAGCGCCUCAAUGGACUCAACAACAGCUUUUGACGACAUCGAACUGUGGGACUGCUCGUGCCUUCAACCGUUGCAGCAUUCACAAGUUGAAAAUCAGCUUUUUAGGCCUCUAGGGAAAGGUCAACAUUCCAUGCAAAUUGUGCAUAUUCUUUUUUUCCGGUUAAUAGCUAACCUGUGUUGCCACGUUUUCUGCAUCAUAUAUAGAGUGGCUAUAUUAUAGAGCUUUGAGAAAGUGAAGAGUAGGUUCUCUUCUUAUUUCUUUAGAACUUGUUUGUUAGUCUUGUUCCGUGCACUGUGUUUAAGUUGUUAGACAUGCUGUGUUUCUUUUGCCGAUUCUUCGCUGCCCGAAAUUUUUCAGUAUGCACAGGCACACACUGCACCUUGAGCACCACUGAUGUACUAUAAGUAUAGAAGCAUAUUUUCUUCUGCAAUUAUAUGAGCAACAGGACAAAAUCCCUGUCCAACAAUAACUGAUGUCUUAUUUUAAAAGUGCAGCAUCUGUACCGAAGAGAAAAGGUAUAAGAAAGUUUGCCUGCAGUAGUUUAGCUCAAGUGAAGAGACGUUCUUCAGGGAGUCCUGCUCUUCACAUUUGCUCUCACCUGCUGCUCCCUGCAGGCUUCUAGCUCUUUGCUAUGGAGUUAGUUGGACAAGAGUGCUGACUCGGCCAAAAAAAAAGAAGAGAAACCAGUGUAACAAAGAUGAUUGGAUAAUUUCUAUGUGAGCUUUCCAAAUGGGAAUGCUUAACAAGUAAAAAGUAAUUGUUUGCCACUAGCUGGCCCACACUGCCUUGCAGCGACUGUACCCUGCACUGUGGAUUGUUGCAUGUUUACGCAGAGCUGCUACAUAAACGCACUGAUGAUAUGCAUGAGCUGCUGUUUCUAGAACUGCUGAACCUAACCUCCAAGGCUGACAAAUCACAGACAUCAAACAGUUUAUCGCAUAACAUGAAAUAGAAAGGGCCUUUACUGGUAUAACUGGAUAAGCGUCUGGUUAGGCUUAGCUAAGUCUAAGUGGCUUUCAAUGUCAAUUGAUUUGCUGUACAACACAAAACAGACGACUUUUCAGCUGGUGAUGAUUCAGCCCACCCCCCGGUAGUUAGUUCAGCCCAGCACUUGGCUGUGGUUGCGUUCAGGGGUAUGUGACUUGGCAAGCUUGUACUUGUUGUGUAGUUUGAGGGGUCCAUUGGAUUUACCUCACACUUCGUGAACUGGUUCACCACAGGUCACUGUUAGUUCUGCGCCUGUGCAAAAAGAGUCCAGCACCUCUUGCGUAAACCUGCACCACCUUUCUGGCAUAUGCAGAGAAUACUGUGCACGUUGUCUGGAAGUGCUUGCACUGUGCAAGGUGAAUGGCAAUGUGCUAACACCACCACAUUGCACUGGUCAAAUGAAUGGGAACGUGCAGAAGCGCCUGAAUUAGUUCAGUAAGUGCAGGCAAGUUGGAUAGACCCAACAAUGACAUUGUCACUCACUCAGGCACGUUCCCUAUUUGUCUGGCAGAUGAUGAGCCGGAUAGGCACGAUGCAUUCACUUGCGUUCAUGCAUGCAUGCAUUGCAUAAAGUUUUGUGGCUCACAUUUCAUUGUAAAGAAUGUCUCACAAGAAAAUUUGCUGCAAAUGGCAAAGUGAAGAUGCAUGCCACAGUGCAAUCAUUUGAAGUAGUAGGCAGAGAUGAAGAAAACAAGGCAGUGGACCAAAUGUUCAUCAUUUACAUUUGAAGAAGCAGGUUCAAUCUGUUGAGUUAGAAGGAUUUCUGAGUCAAGCACUUCUGUCUAUCUUGCUACGUGUUCAUCUUGUUGCAAGCUUUGUUCACAUCCAUAGCAUACUGCAUUAUAUAAGCAACGACUCGAGCAGUGAUUAGCAGGUGUUGCAGAAGAGACAUUCACUUCUACGGGACACACGUCUCUUGCUCGAUAAUUAUUUUGUCUUGCCAGCUGUUUUGACUGUUUGUGUGAGAGCCAAUUUGCCAUCGUGUUUGCGGCCUCCUCUCGGCUGAAACAGCGGCAUGUUACAGGGACCAAGAUCGACAUAAUCCACUUUGCGUUGCUUUUGACUUUCCAGCCGCCUGCUGAGUGAACGUGUUCUUUAGUUGAUGUGUAGACUCAAUUUACACCUGCACGUAGCGUCCAUUACUGUAUUUUUUUCUCCUCCCCACUGUCUUGAUGACGUAGUGCACAAAAGCUCAGGUAAUAUACUCACCACUUGUGAAUAGUACAAAGCACGGCGGCUGGGCCGCUCUUGCCCUUCUAUGACUCCUUGUGCAAUAUGAAGGCCGCACAGCCGGCACGCUGGUUUGCACGUGCACUUAACACUCUCCUAGCAGGCGUAGGAUGGUGGCUGCUGUGUGGACAAUGUCUGGGGG